CCCUUCCACCCCUCCACCCCCCACCCCCCCUUGUCUGUCUCUCGCACGCGCUCCUCCUGCGCUCGCCCCGGCUGAGAAUUGUUGACAAAAGGCGCUGCACCGCGCGGAGGAGGCCGGACCCCGGUACUGGUGUGGCCGAGGUGAUUCGGUGUCGGUCGGGCUCCGCAGCAGGCCGGCGUAAACCGGACCACCACCACCUCCUGCUCACCUCGGAACGGUAACACACACACGCACACCAAAAAAAAGCCGAAGCCAGGAUGGGUCCCUCCGUGUGAGGUGAGGACGCCAGCGUUGCCGGAGGAGGCGGGGGACUAUCGGAGGAGGUCGUCCGGGGAUGGUGUGAGCUGAGGCGGGCAGGCAGUCUGGAUCUGACCGGGGACCCAACGUUUCCCCGGAGCCUCCGCGGCUCUAAGCCGCGUCCCGAGCCCUCCAAGAUGGGGAAGUGCGACGGCAGAUGCACGCUGCUGGUGAUCUGCUCCCUACAGCUGGUGGCGGCUCUUCAGAGGCAGGUGUUCGAUUUUCUGGGAUACCAGUGGGCACCCAUUUUGGCCAACUUCCUGCACAUUGUGGCCGUCAUCUUGGGCAUGUUUGGUACCGUGCAGUUUCGUUUCAGAUACCUCAUCUUUUAUGCAAUAUGGCUGGUCCUGUGGGUGGGAUGGAACUCUUUCAUCAUAUGUUUCUACUUGGAAGUUGGAAAUCUGUCUCAGGACAGAGACUUCCUCAUGACUUUCAACACAUCGCUCCAUCGUUCUUGGUGGAUGGAGCACGGUCCCGGUUGCCUGGUUACGCCAGUGCUGGACUCCCGCAUCACCCCCGACGACCACCACGUCAUCACCGUGUCCGGGUGCCUCCUCGACUACCAGUACAUCGAGGUGUUGAGUUCCGCCAUUCAGAUCCUUUUGGCUCUCUUUGGCUUCGUGUACGCCUGCUAUGUGAGCAAAGUCUUCCAAGAUGACGAGGACAGCUUUGAUUUCAUUGGAGGCUUUGAUUCGUACGGCUACCAGCCUCCUCAGAAAUCGUCUCACCUGCAGCUGCAGCCUCUUUACACGGCCGGUUAGAUUUUGGGAACGCCCCCUCGAGACCAAACACUGAUGGCGUCCCCAUGGAGGGAAAAGGCUGCAGCGGGUCGUCCCGAUUACACUCACUCUCUGUGUCACAGUUUACCCGAGGAACAAACUUCUAACCCCACCCAGAGGGAGAGAUGAAUGUGCAUGUGUGCUUGUGUCCGAGGAGGAGAAGUACAGCUCCUGACUGGAAUGGACGGCGCUCAGAGGGGGGGAAACCUACAUGGCAGGUGUUGAAUUGAAGCAAAGACCAUGAGUGGGAACAUGUCUGUCAAAUCACACGGAAGGAAACAAUUCACUAAACUGCCAGCUCUCAGCGUGCUCCCUGCAGUGUGUUUGGGAGAGAUUGUGCAACUCCCCAGGAAAUGCGGGGGCUUUGUAGAUGUACCUUGGACUCUUCUCACAUGGUGCCCCUGUGACUUCUUUGUUUUUGUUUGUUUUUUUACUUUAAAGGGUACUCCUGUGCAUAUGUACGUGUGUGUGUGUGUGUGUGUGUGUGUGAGCGUUUGUGGGUGGGGACACAUACUGACAUGAAGCGCAGCUUGUUCCUGUUGUUGUUUUUAGAAUGUGGUGAUAUCAAAUUAGAGCAGUCUUAACAGUUUUUCCUGUUCCCAAAGCCAUCUUUCCUUUCUCUGCUAAAAGCACAGCCAAAAUUCACGGGUUUCCCAUCUAAACUGCUAAGAGAAUUUGAAAAACAAAAACAAAUGGUGGGUGAGUAGAGGAGCUGAACUCUUAAGUGAAUAAGUCUGGCAUUAUUUGAUCAUCUCAUCAGCAAAGUGUCUCUUUUACUUUAAUUUCUAGCUUUUCUCCCCUUCUUCUGUGGCUCUACAUUGGUUUAUUCCACUAUGUUUUUACAAUUGCUUCCCAGAACAGCUGGCUGCCCCCAUUUUUAGCAAAGGUCACAUCAGCAGGAGUAAGUAUCACAUUUGUCUGAGCUAUUCUGAGUAGGGAAUAUGUUACUUUUCUAAAAGAAUUAAAAGUCACAGGUUGGUGAAUAGAAUCCAGAACAAUCUGGAACAGUCAGAACCUCCACCAAGGCCAACAAAUUUCCUGUCUUGCAUCUUUAUUUUUAAAGAAAGUGGCCUUCAACUCUUCAAGUAUAUUUGAAACUUGCACCACUUAUCCCGGAAGUAUUGUGAUUUCCUUGAUUCAAAACACACAUGCACGUGAAAUGUCAUCUGUCGUGUCUGAAAUGUUCGUUUGACCUCAAUAAUCAAGUCACGCGCCCAGGUUAGUUUCUUUAUUAGAAAAUCGUUUCAGCCUGAUGCGCAUGUGUUGAUUAGAGCUGCAGAUGGCUUUGGGAUCAGGCAUUAGUGUUUGUACGGGGUGGGGAUACUUUGCAUGUAAAUAACAAGCCAAUCAUUGUUUUUUUGUGUUUUUUUUUUUUUUUGCUUUCAUUCAAAAAAUGGUUUGUUUUAUGGAAAAAGAGGGAGGGACCAGUGGAGAGGUCUGGAAGUCAAAAUGUGCCUCAUACCUCUUUCUCUUUUUUCUUUUUUGCACAUUUUCUCUCAUAUCUUCUGUUUUUUUUACACAUCUACUGUUGAGAUUAUCAUUUUUUGGGUCUCAUUAAUUAACUAUAUAAAUCUUUACAGCUUGAUCUUUACCAGAGCUCAGCAGUACAAGAGAUUAGGAGGACAUUUUACUACGUGUUCUGGUAGCAUUUGUAGAAAUAAGUGGACACAGAAAGAGGGAAUGAAGUAGAGAACUGUGUGUUGCAGACCUUAUUGGGUGGGUGUAAGAGGAAGUUUGAAUAAAAUAAAAUAAAACACUUUCUACUUUAAACCUGA